CCACCGGCUACAUCACAUUUGCAUCAGACUGUAUGUGCCAUUACUGUAUGUUCAGACAAUCGAAAUCAUAUAAAGCGUUUCAAGUCAAAAGAGCAAUUCUACAAACCUUAUCUUAUUUUCUUCUCUUCAUUCGUUUUAAGGAAGCCUGUUCCGUCAAAAUGAGAAGAUAGGUAUUUCAGCCAGCCACCCUUUCCUCUAUUUACUAAAUCCGUCUUUUUGACCUACCUUUGUCAUUUUUGACCCUAACCUGCCCCUGCUGAAAAGGGUUAGUUUGAAUAUCUCCCAGCCCAUAGCCAAAAGACAUUUUCAAAUGCCCAAAAACAGCAAAGCCAUCAGGAGAGAAAUUGACGACGAUGAUGUUACGGAAUCUGUCAAAGAUUUACUCUCCAAUGAAGAUACCUGCGAUGAUUCUUUCAAGAAGAGCUCUCUGAUGGUGGGAGAUGUUCCUCAGAAUGAGGAGCGGGAUGCUGAGGAGGGCUCAGAGGAAGAGGAGGAGGAGAGGCCCGCCUGGGGCAGCAAGCUCCAGUACAUCCUCGCCCAAGUGGGUUUCUCAGUGGGCCUGGGCAACGUCUGGAGGUUUCCCUAUUUGUGCCAGAAAAAUGGUGGCGGUGCGUACCUGGUUCCCUACCUCAUUCUGCUGGUGGUCAUAGGGAUUCCCCUCUUCUUUCUGGAACUAGCCGCGGGCCAGCGCAUCCGUCGGGGCAGCAUUGGAGUGUGGAACUAUAUCAGCCCACGCCUGGGUGGUAUCGGCUUUGCCAGCUGUUUGGUGUGUUUUUUUGUGGCCCUCUACUAUAACGUCAUCAUUGGCUGGAGUCUUUUCUAUUUCUCGCAGUCCUUUCAGCAGCCUCUACCUUGGCACGAGUGUCCCUUGGUCAAAAACAAAACCACAACAUAUGUUGAGCCAGAGUGUGAGAAAAGUUCUGCCACUACGUUCUACUGGUAUCGUGUGGCCCUGGACAUCUCCGACUCUAUCUCUGAGAGCGGAGGACUCAACUGGAAGAUGACUUUGUGUCUACUCAUUGCUUGGGCCAUGGUGUGCCUUGCUAUGAUUAAGGGCAUCCAAUCUUCUGGAAAGGUGAUGUACUUCAGCUCUCUCUUCCCCUAUGUGGUGCUGAUUUGCUUCCUGGUUCGUGCUCUCCUUCUCAAGGGUUCUGUGGAUGGUAUUGUCCACAUGUUUACCCCAAAGCUUGAAAUCAUGUUAGAGUCGAAAGUGUGGCGUGAAGCUGCCACGCAGGUCUUUUUUGCCCUGGGUCUUGGUUUUGGUGGUGUGAUAGCCUUCUCCAGCUACAACAAGCGAGACAACAACUGCCACUUUGAUGCUGUGCUGGUCUCCUUCAUUAACUUCUUUACCUCAGUGCUGGCCACUCUGGUCGUGUUUGCUGUACUAGGCUUCAAAGCCAACAUCAUGAUCGCCAAGUGUGUGGAAACGAACACUAAGAAGAUCAUAGAUUUACUUGGCAAAGAGAUCAAUCCCAGUUUGAUCCCACACCACAUUAACUUCAGUCAUGUUAGCCCUGAGGACUACCAGCAAAUGACUAACAUCAUCCGGGGUGUGGUGGAAGACGAUUAUCCACGCCUAGGCUUAGAAAACUGCGACAUCAAAGAGGAGCUGAACAAGGCAGUGCAAGGUACAGGUUUGGCCUUCAUCGCCUUCACUGAAGCUAUGACCCAUUUCCCAGCCUCACCUUUUUGGUCCGUCAUGUUCUUCCUCAUGUUGGUCAACCUGGGGCUGGGCAGCAUGUUCGGCACUAUCCAGGGCAUCCUCACGCCCAUCGUGGACACCUUCAAAGUGCGCAAGGAAUACCUCACAGUUGGUUGCUGUGUACUUGCCUUCAGUAUUGGUUUAAUAUUUGUCCAGCGAUCUGGGAACUACUUUGUGGCCAUGUUUGAUGACUAUUCUGCCACUCUUCCUCUCCUCAUCGUGGUUCUUCUGGAGAACAUUGCUGUGGCCUGGGUGUAUGGCACUGAGAAGUUCUUUGAGGAUUUGAAGGACAUGCUGGGUUUCUCUCCGUACCGCUUCUAUUACUAUAUGUGGAAGUUUGUGACACCCAUUCUGCUUCUGGGCCUUCUGGUCACAAGUAUCAUUCAGCUGGUACUGUCGCCUCCUAGCUACAGUGCAUGGAACCAGCAACUGGCUCAAGAACAAUCUCUCAGCUACCCGCCCUGGGGCCUGGCAGUCUGCAUCUCACUUGUAGUCAUAGCCAUUCUCCCUGUGCCUGUGGUCUUCAUUCUGCGCUGUCUGAACAUAAUCGACGAGAAUGCAGGCGGCCUGUCCACAAUCUCCUAUAAGAAGGGUCGCAUUAUCAAAGACACCACUAGUAGGACCAGAGAAGAGGAUGAAGAUGACGAUGCCAGUCUUCUCCAGGCAAAGACACCCAGUGAAGCCCCUUCACCCAUGCCGGCCAACUACCACAAGAAGAGCGGCCCUCCAUUGGGCAAAGACAUCACGCUCAAUGGUAGCUGUGGCACAGGAUAUGUAAUGCCGAAUAUUACAGACAUUCCAGAUAUGCCUGAAUCUGAUUUGUGAGGACCUGUCCAGUUUCAUGUGUACUGUAAAGGCUGAGAACACAACCCUGUGUAAUAUUUGUCCAUUUCAUCACCUUUACUAUUAGCCAUACUGGGUGAAUUCUAAAUUCCGUUUUUGUACCUUUGAAGUACACUGCGGAAAGUGGCCGCUACUCGUAGGGUCAUUCCAAACGAAAGUGAGCAACUGUAUGCCUUCAUGUGAGUGAAGUGUAUAUACAAUGGUCACUUCAAGGUGAUCAUGGGUGGCAAAUUCUCAUAAUUCAUUAUAAAAUGUUAGGGUUAGGGUCAGGUUUAGGAAAAAUAGGUAAUUUAUGUAAGAUAUUUCCUGGGAUUUUAAAACCCUCAGUUGCUCUCAUGCACCCAGGGACUAUAUAUUUUCAUGUUUUCUUAUUUUCAUAUUGUCAAUAUUUUCUUUUAUGUUUAACGCUAUGCUGUCAGGGUAUUAUUGAAAUUCAAAAUAAAGUGGAGUAAGUAGGGCAUAGUUAUGCUCACUUUCGAAUGGAAUUCACCCAACUGUUGCCUCCAGCAGUGUCCUACAUAUCAACAGUCAGUCAUCUCCUUAACCAAUCAUAAUCAAGUUCCCUCUCCUGUAUGUCUAAUAACCUCACUACCACCCAUUUUUAACCUUGAGUUCGAACAAUUCUCUUUCCCCCACACUGGUCCAGAAAAAGGUCUGAAUAUUUCAAAUUGUAUUAUAUAUGUCUGUAGCAAGCACUGAUUCACCCCAGAUCCCCCUACCACCCCGAACCCAUUGCCCCAACUGUUACAUGCACGUACCAGCCUUGGUUUGUCUGUAGGGGUCUGUAGACCACUGGGAUAUGCUUUACUGUAGAAUGGCUUGGCCUAUUUGUACAAAGAGAUUGUUGCAAGUCAGAGCAGUUACUGUCCACCUAAAACAAGAUUAGAAGUAUAUUAGCAGCUUUGGAAAAAUUAAUGCAUAAAAUGUCAAAAACAUGCAGUACAUUUCUUUUGGAUGUAAUUAAAUCAUUGUGCAUAAGCGUAUGUAUUGCAUUUAAAACAACCCUACUGUAACUCAUCGUUCUACAACUGUGUGCCUAAUUAAUUCUAAAAUAUUAAUACAAGGUGAAUGUUGUAAAUUUAAGGUAUCCUGUAAAUACAUCAUGAAUAAUCGGAAUAUAGUUUGGAUAACAGAUCAUGUUGAUUUUGGUAAGAAGUGCUUAAUCCAGAAUGCUAACUUUUUUGUUUGUAUGUUUGCUGAUGUGCUAUCAAUGUAAGGGGUUGUAUACUCUGCACACUUCCUGUAAAUAUUUUUUCAUGAAUUUGCUCAACAACGCAGUAUUUACUUUCUCAGUAUUGAGAUUAAAAGAAAGGAUUCAAACACA